CUGGAGAAGAAGCAAGACAUAUCGCGCGGUCGAAAACCGGAGCGAAAUCAUUUGGAUUUUAUUGCAGGAUGGGGUGCCGGCUGUAUUGAAACAUGUAUAUUAUAUCCAUCUAAUAAGGUCAUAUUUCGACAACAACUUCAUGGUUUUUCUAUUAAAGAAGCGUUGAAGCAGGUAGGAAUUUUCUUAUAUUUUGAACAAGAUUUAAUAAUAUUAAAACCUUUCUUCAGAUCAAGUUAGAAGGAGCAGGUAGAUUAUAUAGAGGGUUGAUGCCUCCUUUAAUAAUGAGGACAACCUCCAGAGCUUUGAUGUACGGAUUAUAUGAUGAAUUUCAGGUGAGGAUUUCUUUUUUUUUAUUGAAAAGUUAGCAAAUUAAUUUCUAAAAAAUUUGCAGAUAUCAUUAGGAUGCCCACAUGCUCCGCCAAAUUCAUCUUUCACAUCAUGUCAUGCGAAAGCUGCAUUUUUAUGUAAGAUUUUAUUAAUUUAUCACUAAUUAAUCCUAAUUUUCAGCCGGUGUUUGCGAGGCAAUGCUAUGCCCGCUUGAACGUGUUCAAGUCCUUUUACAAACCUCACAAUUCCACGAUCGCUAUAAAAAUACAUUAGAAGUUUUCAAAAGAUUGCGUAAAUAUGGAAUUUCGGAAUAUUAUCGGGGAUUUUCAGUGAUUUUUGUUAGAAAUAGUUUAUCGAAUACCAUAUUUUUCACACUCAGGGAACCGCUCAAACAGAAGGUUCGUUUUUUUUCGAUUUUUUUAAUAUUUAUAUAAAGUUUUCAGGUGCUAGAAAUUCCGGAGAGUCAUCGUUUGCCUCCGAGUGUUCAACAACUUUUGGGUGAUUUUAUUGCUGGUUCUUUGUUGGGCGCCUCAAUUUCUACUUUAUUUUUCCCAAUGGGUGUUGUCAAAAAUCAUAUGCAGGCGAAGGUGAGAUUUUCUCAGAGAUUCGCUGGCCAGCUCGCCACCAGAUCGCUGCGGCCACCUGGAAACCGCAUGGCCGCCAGGUCGCCUCGAGUUUUCCGGCGACGUGGCCUGUGUGUUUGAAAAUCUGAAAGGCUGGCAAGACGGUGGUUUGUACUCAAAACACUGCAUUUUCUACUGUUUUUUUUCACUACCUAAGGUUUCUAGUGCUGCGAAAAAACAGAAAAUGAGCCAAAUUUUUCGAAAAUGCCUCAAUUCACAAGUUUUUCAGACAUUUUCAUGAAAAUUCAUUUUGACGAGGCGAAGUGGCCACCACGUGGUAGCCAUGUGGGCUUGACCUAGCCAGAGCCUGGCCACCUUGCCAGCGAAAAAACCGGGCGACAUGGUUUCCAUGUGGUUCCCAGGUCAGCCAGCCUCCCCACCUGGUGGCGAGCUGGCCAGCGAAUCUCUGAGUUUGGUUGAAAUAUUUUUAUAAAAACUCGAACAUUUUUUCCAGGUCGGUGUUCCAUUCGACAACGCAUUCCGCGUCUUCGGCCAAGUUUGGCGCGAACGAAAUCGCUCGCUUCGAAGUAUCUACCUUGGUGUUCACCUCAAUUUCACUCGAUCACUCAUCGCCUGGGGCAUCAUAAAUUCCAUGUACGGAAUUUUGCGCCGUGCGUUAGCCCCCUUUGAAUAA